AUGCCAGUCGUUAUUAAUAUUGAGAGAAUCGGAAUUUAUAAAAAACUGCGGAAUCAAACUGCAGUUGUCGGGGUUGAUCCGAAUGGUUUAAAUGAGGAUCCACGUCGUUAUGGAUUGUUGGAUGAAGAGAAUCAAAUGGAUCUCAAAAAAGGCUGUCAAGGGUUUAGAGAUGAAGGAUAUGGUGAUUUGUUCUAUUCAUUUUUCGAUUAUAUCAAGAAGACUUCUAAACAAGGAACUCCGUUACACGAUGCAGUCAAAGCCGAUUUUAUUUCAACUCGUCGCAAUCUGAUUUCUUUUGCUGCCUCAUUGUAUUCCAGACAAUUGAUAGAGAUUCGAGCGCUUCGAAAGAACGGAGUAAUCUUUCUCUGCGACAAAAAAUCUGAAAAUGAAACAUCGGAAGAUUAUCCAGGACAUGGAUACAAGUUUGAGCAGUAUAUGACAUUGAAAGACAACGGAGAUCCUCAUGAUGAAGAUGAAGAAGUUUCGAAUGCAGAGUGUAUCAAAGCAGUUCUACGAACUUCUUUUAAGAAAGGAGACGAAGAAAUCAAAGUACUCUAUGCAGCUGAAAUUGAUGCUCUGGAUAGUGACGGAAACAUGGUGGAAUUCAAAUCCACAAUUCAUGAUCAAAAGAGCUGGCUAUACAAAUCUAGUCUCAAUCACUACUUGCAAUCAUAUCUUGGAGGUGUUUCCUGUAUUAUCAAAGGGCAGAUAACACGCGAAAAGAUUGUAUUCAGAGUCGAUAAAAUUCAAACCAAUGAGAUCCCUGGAAUGAAAGUUAAAUGGAAUGCUGAAAAGUGUUUUGAGAAACUGUUUGAAAUACUUCGAGAAAUAAAAUCAAAACUGAAGAAUGAUGACGAAGCAGUUGUGAUCAGAAUCCAAGGAUCAGACAUCUAUUAUGAAGGAGAAAGCGGCAAGAACUGCAAAUUCGUGGAUUCACAGUUUCUUAGAUUCUUCGAAUAA